AUGUCCUCCACUGCAGGAACUGACCUUCUCGAUGUCCAACAGGCUUACAUGGCUCAUUUCUACAAUCUCUUUGAAACUUUUAUAAAGAAUCCUCUGUGUGCGACACCUGCACAUAGCCACAAAGAUCCUCCAAUUUUCUCAAAACCUAAUGACGAUGCACUAACCAAGGAUGCUUUCGACUGUAGACUUUGUAAAGGUGUUUACGAAAAUCCCAUGCAAUUGGCCCAACAUAAUUGUCCGCAGCUAACCCGGAGAGCCUUCCAGUGCCAUAACUGUCAAAAGGCCUUUAAUUGUUCCGCCAACUUAGCAAGUCACCAAAGAUGGCAUCGGCCAAAGUCCGCCACCUUAGCAUCUAAAAGAGCUCCAAGUCAGAUCAAACCAGACACAGUGGAACCUUCCACUGGCCUCGAUCUCAGUACCCAUAGCAGCAGUACAGCAUCAUCAAGUGACAACCAAUCAGUCAAGGCUCCAAGAAAGAUCAUUCGAUCUCCUUGUGAGCAGCGCUCUCACACCCAGAGAACCACGUCUUUCAGCAUUGACAGCAUCUUAGAAACACCAAAGUCAACAUUUCCCUGUUUUCGAUGCGAUGAAACACUGCAUUCACAGAGUGAUUUUGAAGACCAUAUUAUUGACCACAUGCUCUGUACUCAGGAAAAAUGA